AAUGCUAUUUUAUCUGAAUGUUUUUGUACUAACAACCUUCUUUUUGUGUUUUCUUUUGUCUCUUUCCUACCUGUCUGCUGCCUCUGUCCCUGGAUGGUUAUUUCUGAUGACUGUCUUCUGCACUUUCCAUCUAAUCUUAUCAUUUGGGGUGUUUUCAAUAAAUUACUUGAAAGUGAGUGUACAGAUAGACUCAAGCUCCCGAUCACAGAUGUUUUCUGCUUCUUCUUCUAAAGGCUACAGUAAUGAUAACAACUCAGAGUCUUCUUACAUACCUAAUAUUGACACAAGCUUAGCAGAAAAUCAUUCACAUACUGGGGAAGAUUUGUCUUUGGUGCCCCCUGAAGAUGACAUUGAGAAGUCUGUUCAUCUUAAUCAAGAUGGCAGCAUGACAGUUGAGAUGAGAGUUCGAUUCAACAUAAAAGAAGAGGAAACUAUAAAAUGGACGACCACAGUUAGCCGUGCUGGCACCUCUGCAGUUGUUGCAGAAGAUGAGUCAUGUGGAAAAAAUGCAGAAAACUUUAACAGGGCUGAAUAUGAUGUCUCACUGCAGCCCAUCAACACAGAAGUGAUCAGUCAAGAUAUUUCAUGUGGAACGGAAGCUAGCAAUUAUGACAUCUGGCAGAAUUCUUCUGUGAACGUAGAUAUGAGCCAGGCAAAGAAUGAUAAGAUCAAACCUCCUUUUUAUAGACCACCUACUCCUGGGCCUAGAAGAGUCAAGCAAAAGAAAUCCUUGGUUGAAAGUGUAACUGUGGUAUCUGACACAGCAGUCCAAAAAAAGAUGGUUGGGCAGUAUUCUUACAGUGAAGAAAUGGACAAUGGUGAUACCAAAUCUGAAUAUUGCCUGGUCACUCACUCUAGCAGUAAAACAUCAAGUGUUACCACACCAAAACUAAGCGAAAUUUGUAGCAAUCAUACGCUGAAUCAAUCUCAGGAUGACCAGACAGAGGAAGAAACAUCAAACAAAGUCACAAUUGAAAAGUCCAUUGCCUUGCCUUGUGAGGAUGGCUUAUUACAGAACGUUUUGGAGAAAUCAGUUGCAGAGGAAGGCUUAGAUAACAAUUUAACAUCUGGUUAUGAUUCUAGCAUCAGUCAUGCUCAAACGUCUCUAAAGAAAUCCCAUGCAACUGGACUGCCUUUGCUUAAUCAAAGUGAUCAAACCGGAAGGGAAGUAGGCAGCUUCAACAUCCACCCCGAAUUAUCUCAGUCAAGAAGUGAGGAGGUAAUAUGCAACCAGUGCAAGGGAUUGCCUUCUUCUCAAACUCCCAUACAUGACUCACCUCCUGGGAGCAGUGAAACAGUAUGCAAGUGUGCUCAAAGAUCUCCCCCGAUAACAGAACCUUCUUCUAUCACUGUCAAGAACUCAGCAACUCAUCUCUCUGAUGGAAGCCAAGCUGCAUCUUCCAGUAGUAAAAAGAAGAGCAAGAAGAAAAAGAAGAAAAAGAGAAAAUCUUACUCUGAUAUUGUGGAACAAGGCACAGCUUUUCCACAGAACUUGCAUGAUAUAGCAGCCGUAGCAACCCAUGAGAAUGACGUGAAGACUUGUGAGAUGCAUAUCACAAGAGAAAGUGCACCACAUUCUUCUCCUCAAAUCACAGUUCAUAAAAGAGUGCUUGCUUUGCCUGUUGCCAACUUAGAAGGUUCUAAUAAAGGCUUAGGUCCUAAAGAAGAUUUAUAUAGUCAAGUGUCUAAGAAAUCCCAGAAAAAUGAAUUAGAAUUUAACCUGAAGCAAAAUCUAAAUAGACAGUUGCCUAAGCUAAAAGCCAAAUCAGACAAAAAACCUCACUUGAAAGCAGAAGAAGGGUUAAAGGCUAAAGAUCACCCCAAAAAUGAAAUUGAACAGAUUAAAGAAGGUACAUGGGACACAGCUAAUGUAACAGAACAAACACCAGGUUGCAUAGUUUCAUGGAAGCCAUUGACUGAUACAGGAAGUGGUCCUAUAGCUGAAAAAGAAAAGAGGGUAACUUCUGCCAAAUCACACAAAUCAUCAUUGAAACAUAAAAAAGUAAAAAAGAAUAAAAAACCUGAAAGUGCUUCAGGUAGUAAAGUCCCUGUGUUGGAUGAGACUAGAACAUUGGAUACUUUGAGGGAUGCAGCCUUGACAAAUGAGAUUGCAGAACUUUCUCUUGAAAGUUAUAUCCAAAACUGGUUGCAGAACAUAUUCCCAAAUGCUGCAAUGCCUGAAAAGCAUUUACCUCCCAUAAAUUCAGAUAACAGAACAAUGCAUCAGUUGUCUGUCAAGUCUUUUUCAGAUAAAGAAAGUCAGUUAGUAGGAAAGAAUGUGUGCCUAUCAGGGAAUAAAAAUAUUAGUGAAAGUAAACUAUCCAAUGGUACAUUAAAUCAUCUCAGUGAACUGGGAACUGUUGAAGAAUCAGUUAAAAAAUUGUACGAAGGACACAUUGGCUGUUUGACAGAUGCUGAGGCAAGUUUAAUAGAAGAAGCCAAGUAUUUAUUACAGUCAGAUAUCCAGAGCAAUAAUAAACUAUCCAUGUGUAAUAUUAUACAUGAAAAUGACAAAAAGAAGGUUCUGUUAGAAACCAGUGAUCAAAGGUACAUUUCUGAAAUUGCUGCCCGGGUUAGUCCCAAUGGCACCAGUAACAUUCUAGGACCUGAUAUGCAGAAGGAUUGUGUCAGUGGUCUGUUGCUGCACCAGCUGAAAUCAACAGUGUGCAGUGCUGAAAAGAACCAUGUUGGAUGCAUUACAGACAUUUCUUCUUCCUCCUUUCUUGGAUCUUCUUCCAAUCUCCUCCUCGCUUGGCUCCUUCUACUUAACCUCAAAGAAACUUUGUCCAAUAUAAAUAAAGAUGACAUGGUACAAACUACCUGUAGCUGUUCAGAAGUAUUUACACUCCUGCAGUAUUUGAAACAAGUUGCAAUUAAAGAGGAAGCUGAAGACCUGAAGACUGCUGUCUCCAAUCUUCAGGACUGCACAGCAAACCAUUUAAUAUUCUCCGGAAUGCAAAUAGAGAAACAGGAACCAACAUACCACAAAGAAAUUUUUUCUCAAGCUGAAAUUAAACAUAUACCAGUCUUUGAAGAAGAAGGAAAAGUAAACAAGAAUUUAACUCUUAAGAAUAAGUUGAGUUCUGAGGAAGUUAUUGAUGCAGAAGUGUUAGCAGGAGAAUUGGAGAGGUUUAGUGGGGAGGAGGGGGAGGAGAAGGAGAACUGCAGAACUCCAGUAGAGAAUUCAGAUCUAAAUGAUUUGGAUGUUCAUGAUGAAAUGCAAAAUUUGAACUGCAUUAAUGCUGACUUCAAUAGCUGUGGCUUGGCUUCAAAUGAGGAUCUGCCUACAGAAAAUGAACAAAGUUCAUUUGAACAUAGCUCAUUUCAAGGCACACAGGAAAAACCCACAGAUACAUCAUUUAAUAAUGAAGAGUCAGAGAUAUCACAAGAACCUAAGUCAAGCACUCACAGCAUGACCUCUAAUGAUAAAGACCACAUGUUUGAUCUAGAAACUUCAGAGGUAGAUGAUAAGGAAGUAAAGGGCACAGAAGAUUUAAACUGGACCAACUCUGUGUUGUUAAAGGAAAAUCCAAGUGAGUGUCUUACUUCCAUUGCUGAUAAUACCACAAAUGGUGACAUUGUAGAAAAUUCUGUACGGGAAGACAUGGAGGAAGAUGGUACUUGUGAGGAGACUUCAGAACGAUUGUCUACACCAUCACCAUUAUCUUUUUGUUAUGAAUCUAAGCAAAUUCCAGGAGAAGAGGAACAGGUGUCCCGAGUAAAACUGAUAGUAAAGGAACUUGAGGGUGGAUCCUACUCAAAUUCUUCUUUGGAAUUCAAAAAAUGCCUGAAAAGUCCUGCCACUUCUGACUUGUCAGAUUAUCGACCAGAAACUGAUGAAAGUGAUUACAAUGUUAGGCAUUCCAGUGACUUGACGAAUGAAAGUGUAGAUGAAGCAAUAUAUGAAAAAGAGUACAACAAAGGGUAUGUGAAAAGAACUAUUGAGAGACUUUAUGGUAAAGCCGAAGCUUCCUUUAAGUCCCCUUCUAAGCUUGAUCCUCCAUAUUUGACUCAAACACUACAAGGAAAUGCUGUAGAAGAACCCUGUCAUGAUGUAAUGGAGGGAGCUCCUUUGUUGUGUCAAAAGAAUCAUACCUGGCUGGAUGAAUUUGCAUCACCUAAAAUCCCAGAAGAUUUAAACGCAAAUAAUGACAUGUGGGAAAAAGAAAAUGCUACCUUGCCAGCACCACAGUUUAGUCUUAAUGGGGAAGAAGCAUAUUAUAAUGAUGACUGUUCAGUGGAAUACACAAACCAGCACUGCCAAUCUAGGGAACACAUUGCUGAAGAUGAAGGAGUACUGAUUGAUAAAGGAAAAUGGCUUCUUAAGGAGAACCAUUUAAUAAGGAGGUCACCACCUGAGAACUCUGGAAUGUAUGGCAAUACAGAUACAACAUCGGCCGACACGGCAUUUGACAAUCAUAGUGAUGAAAUUCCAUAUUCACAUUUUGGGAAUCUGAAUCUCCGGCCGCCACUCAAAGAAAUAUCAUCUUCUGAACUUGAAGACAUGGCUAAGCCAUAUGACAAUGGAUGCAACUACUUCAACAUGCCUCAUAACAGUGAUUCAGAUCCGUUUCCUGAUACUUUAAGUAUACAAAGCAGAAACAACCAGUGUAGUAGCUCCGUGCUUUUUGAGGCAGCAUGUAACAGUUCCACGCAAUUUUAUACAGAAGUGAAAAGUAAUUCCCCAGCUCUUACUUCUGUAGAAUUUAGAUUACCAGACAAUAAGGUGCAUCCUGCAGAACAGUCUUCAAAUGAUGAGCCAAUUCAAACCCAACCAAUAAGCAACACUCAUUCAAGCAGGAAUAGCCGUGAAGAUCAAGACUCGCUGGAUAAACUCCAUGCUAUCUGUGGACAACAUUGUCCAAUAUUGACAGCCAUCAUAAAGCCAACUAAUGAGGAGAUCAGAGGAUGUGCUUACCAAAAAGCCUCCGAUGUUGAGAACCAAGUGGGGUCACAUUUGUUAACAAAUACUCCAUAUUUCGUAUGGCAAGGCAAAAAUAUAACUGGACUUUACAAAUAUCACACAGACCUGAAGAACAGCAGCAUUAAUAACAUUGCAAAUAAUAUUUUUAACAGACUCUAUGCUGACAAUACUUUAGAUUUCAUGAAUGGCAGUACUUUCAGUUUACUUGUGUCAGCAGCACUGAAAGAAAAUCAAGGUUUAAAGAAAUUAUAUGUCACAGAAAAUAUUGACGUGGGCACACAGGAGAUCAACAGUCAUGAAAAUAAUGCCAGUAGUGAUGCAUUCAGUGAGAUAACAGUGGAGCAGAGUAAUAAUUUAUCUGUACUGCAGAACUCAAAAGAUAAGGGAAACAAAAUGGUUGCAGAGAAACCUGCUUCUCCAUUAGCAGAUGUAACAGAAAGGUGCAAACAUGAAAAUUUUCACCAUCAUGAGGCACUCUUAAAUAGUACUGGCUUGAAAUUAACUGUAAACUUGGAAGGUGAAAAUGCCCUCAGUAUCAAAGAAGAAACUUCACUUUAUGUAAAAGAAGAUGAAAGUGACAAUGAGUAUUCAGACUCCGAAAAAAGUUAUUAAGAAUUAUAUAGCACUGCCUAUAUAUUAAAACAAAACAAAAUCACAAAUGAUAAAGACAGUGAAUUUAUACCCUGGUUUGAGGAAUACAUGUUCCUAAUUUCUUAUUAAUAAUUCUUCUGUGAAAAGGUUUUUUUGUUCUUGUUUGUUUUUCACUCUCUUGUUACAUAUUUUCCUUAACAAAUGCAAAAUAACAUUACAAAAAUUUUGUGCAUGAGAAACUAUGGAAAUAUUAGUUAAUAAUGGUUUUUUGUGAUGGUAGAUUAAACUCAUGACCCAUAUUAUUGAACAUUAGAAAUGCAGCCCAUUAUGCUAGCAUGGACAGGGUGUAGGACUGAUAUUAAGUUUAUUUUAUUAGAGAGGCCAUUUGUGAUCAUUUUAUUUAUUGUUAUUUUUCUCUAAACUGCAAGUGUAAUUAA